AUGCACGCGUGGCUCCAUGUCCUCGCGGUGCUGGCGAUCUUACCGAGCCUCAUCCAAGUCGCUGGCACCGACGGUACGGGAUCGACCGCACUGAUCAGCGUCUUCAGCAGCGGGGCCGUCGAGGAUGGCGAGUCCCUGAGAUUCAGCAGUACCAAUCAACCUGGACCGACCUCGGAGGCCGCCAGUAGUGUCGCGAGUGAGAAAUUGGCGUCCGGGACGGCGAGUCGGAACAUCCAAGUGAGUCCGAUGGUGCAAAGUGGUGGCGUGAACAGUGAUAUCAGCGAGUACAGAGAGUUCGUCGAGCGAAAGCCGGACCCGGUGGAAGAACUGGUGGACGAACCGGUGGAACCAGCGCAGAAUAGCGUUGACAGCGAGAAUGAACUUGGUGACGGUAGCGACGGCUACGGUAGCGCUAGCAGUGAUAGUAGUGCCAGCAAGCCAGAUCCUAAAACACUAGUCGAAAUAGAGAAGAAUCUCUUAAGUCUGUUUGGUUUUCCUAAUCGACCAAAAAUCGAUAGAUCUAAGGUGGUGAUACCAGAAGCGAUGAAGCAGCUCUACGCUCAGAUCAUGGGCCAUGAUCUGGUCGACUCCGUCAGCGUACCAAAGGAAGGACUCAACACGCGCAACGCGAACACGGUGCGGAGUUUCACGCACGAAGAAAGUAACAUUGACGAGCGGUUCAAGCACCACCAUCGCUUCCGGUUACUGUUCAACGUAUCGAGUAUCCCGCGAGGCGAGAAGUUGCGUGCGGCUGAACUGACGUUGACGCGAGACGGCAUUCCGGCUGCCCUGCCGUCCACCACCUAUCAGGUUCUGGUGUACGACAUCGUGCGACCCGGCAUCAAGGGUAAGCGCACCCCAACCUUCCUCCUGGUCGACUCGCGUACGUUGCGCAUCAACGAAACGGGCACGGCCAGCUUCGACGUGAUGCCGGCGGUGGAGCGAUGGCUGCGGCAACCACGCAAAAACCACGGGCUCUUCGUGCAGGUGACCAGUCGUCAGCAGCGUGGCCAUCGGCGGCAGCGGCGCAGUGUGCAGACGGUGCCGGACCACGAACACGUCCGGCUGCGACGUAGCGUCGACGAACAGCACGACAGCUGGGUACAGAAGCAACCACUGCUGUUCACCUACACCGACGACGGGCGACACAAGCAGAGGCCGAUCCGGGACGCCAUCAGCAGCGCCAACCGGGCCCGGCGUGCCUCGGCCAAGCGCAGCAGUCGUCGGAAAAACGAGCUCUGCCAGCGAAAACCACUGUACGUCGACUUCAGCGACGUCGGCUGGAACGACUGGAUCGUGGCGCCGCCCGGGUACGAGGCGUACUUCUGCCAGGGCGACUGCCGGUUUCCGAUCGCCGACCAUCUCAACACGACCAACCACGCGAUUGUGCAGACGCUGGUCAACUCCUACAACCCGACGCUCGCGCCCAAGGCCUGCUGCGUGCCCACGCAGCUCUCCUCCAUCUCGAUGCUCUACCUCAACGAGCAGAACAAGGUGGUCCUCAAGAACUACCAGGACAUGACGGUGGUCGGCUGUGGCUGUCGAUGA